UAAAAAUUAUUUUGACAUUUCUCAUUUGUCAUUGUGACAUUUUAUCUUCCACAGACAUACGUUUUAAAUUUCUACGCUUGCUUGAUAGACAGACUUUUUGAUCGCACUGUAGUACUGGCGACGGAAUUGACAGUCAAUAAGUAAGCUUAGUCUGCGGUCCGGCUCAAGUUUUAAUUUUUAUUUUUAUACUAUAAAAAAACAACAAAAACAGUUAUUUAUAUGGUUUUAUAACAUCUUCAAUCACGGCCCUACAUAAAGGGCACAGUCCGUCGCCUUGCCCUUUCCACAGUUCCAUGGCACACUUAUAACACAAACACAUAUGUGCACAUCGAUAAAUCACCGCAUCGGCUUUUCUUUCAUAACAAAUCACACAUUCGUUUUCAUCAGAAGGAGGGGUUGAUGGUGUUACAUCAAGAAUUUCCAAUGGUGGUGCUGUUGGUUUGGUUUCAGGUGCAUUUCUGAUGAGUUUGAUUGAAACUGGAUUUUCGAAAAAAUAAAUCAAGGCCCACAUCGGUCCUUUCGUUUGAGUUUUCUUAUCAAGGACUAGUUUGCCUUUUUCUCCAGUGUUAGUUUCGUAAAUUAUUUCAUUUUGUGUUACUUUAAAUGUUAAAAUCAUGUUUCUAGUUACGAGUUUUUUAUCGAUUGGUAAAGCUGUGUAAUGGAGUUUUUUGAUAAGGUCGAGGUAUGUGUACUCUCGGAUUUCUUCAAAAAUUUCAUCCUGUGGAUUUUUAUGUGUAAUUCCGAAGCAAAACGCUGAAGCUAUUGAAUUAUAAGUUGAGAGUUCCAUUAAUUUUAUCGUGAUUUUUUCAUCGAUUUCUAUGGGACGUGACGAGAAGACGAAACCGGGAUUUGCGACACGUCUAGCUAUACUGUUAUCUUGCGAUAGUGUGAUUCCCCUAGCGUGGAUGUUGUGAAAUCGUAAAUUACAAGACUAGAAUAAAUUUGAGUAAAAUAUUUCGUGAAAUGAAACUGUUACCUUACCGUGGACAUUUCAAACGGAAAGUUUAUUUCUUUAAUGGAAAAUAAUGCGUAGAUUUGAUGAUGGUUUAUUACACUAUGAAGUUGAUAAGACCAAUACAUCGAUAAGUCAUCAUAGAUAAACUAUAAUUUGGCGUGCAAUUUUUUAUUGUUUUACUUAUAAAUUUUUAUGACGUCCUUAACCGGGGCUCUACAAAUAAGACAGCUUCUCUCCCUAUUUCCCCGCCACUGUGUCGCACAUUCGUAACACAUACACGUGUGUCCGCACGGAUAUAGCGCCGCUUCUGUCCCUUUUUCGCAACAAAUAAGACAGUUACUGGGUUCCUGAUUUGGUACCGGUGGUACCAUCGUUUGUACCAAACUAGUGGUCAUUUCGAUUUUUUCUACGGUAUCCAAUUUAACGAACCCCCAAAGGUGUAAAGUAUGAUCGACAUGGACUACUUUGAGUAACAAAACGUCGUUUUUCCAAAUUUUCAUUUCGCCUUUUUCACCUAUUGUGAAACUGAUUUCAUCAUCACGUGCAAAAUUCCAAGUUGGGUCGUCUACAAGAACCCAAUAUUCAGGUCUGUCUAGUAAUAAAUCGGGGUCUUGGGGUAGAAUCGUAGUAUCAAAGCUGGGAUUAAAUGAGGUCACACCUAAAGCAAUUCUACCACUUGAAAGGAGUUUAAUAUUGACUCGUUCGUUGAUUUGGAGGGGUUUAGGAGUGAAUUUGUAAUCAUUUCUUUUUUCUUUAGUUAAGUGAAUCGUUGUGGAUUUACUCCAAAUGUCAAUCACACCCCAUAGAGGGCGACCAGUGUCGAUUUUUUUGUCAAAAUGUCCCUUUUCCUCACCAUCAACUCCAUAGUGGAUUCCACCCGAAGGAGAGACGUAGAAAAAUAUAGUUUUUCCUUUGGUACAAGUUUGUUUGGAGAGAGAACAAAUCCAGAAUCCAGGUUUGUGUUUGAGGCACUUUGGUAAAUCGUAUUGGAGAUUAGUGGGGUCAUACGACGUGAAACCGAUACUGAUGAUGCCGACACGUUCGUUCGAAACGUCGACGAGUUUGAAGUGGACUUUUUGGGUUGGCUUUACACAUUGAGAGGUGAAAGUUAGACCACUGUCGUUUGUUUGAAGACGACGCGCUGUUGUCAUAUUGUGAUAAAGCAUGAUGUCUUUACCGUGGAUUUCGUGGAAUUUUAAAUUCUGAAAAAGAAAGUGAAAAGUGGCAACUGGGAAAGAGGGACUUACUCUAGACAUGUUUGCAGAUGAUUAAGUUAUCGGUUUGGAUUGUGAUAAUGAUAAGAUAACACAUUUGAUUUCAAUUUAGUAAUUUUUUUGUUAUUGAAAUUAUGGGGUUUUUGUGUCGCAAUAGUUUGCUUAAAAAUAAAUCAGGAAACCGCGCCAAAAUUUCUCCCAAUCUAUUUUGAACGUAAACUAAUUUCGUUAUCGAGUUAGUGCGCUGCAGUCGACGAUAAGCUCUCUAAAAACAAAUACAAAACAUGAAAUUGAGAUAAACAGUGCAUCAGAGCUGCAACAAUGGGGCAAGGACAAUCGUCAACAAAGCCAGUUUUUCAUCUCAACCACGGAGAAGACACCGAAUUGUGUGAGGAAAAUUCGGUAGCGGUUCGUGUGGAAAACUCGACUAAAUCCUGGUCUAAAGGAUUAGUCUUUAGUGCGCAACCUGUCAAAACCAAUCAGAAAGUUUACGUUGAAUUGAUAGUCGUUUCGGGGGCGUCACACGACGUCCUCAGUUUUGGGUUCACGUCGCAGGAUCCCACAGGAACGGCUGAUGAGGGGAAUUCCUGGACCGGUUCACUUUCGAAAUAUUUCUGUACUGAAGGAGCAGUGUUUUAUUUCUACGUCAGUAAUUCAGGAGCGAUUCAUUUCGGAAAAUUGGAUGGAAGCGAGAGGAAAAUUUUAAGUAAGAAAGUUGAGACGAGUCGGUCGAUUUGGGCCGUUAUCUACAUUUGGAAUGAGCCGACGACUGUGAGAUUAUUGAGUCAGAGAGAGGCGAGAUUGGUGAAAUUUUCGGGGAGAAAUGAGGAGAAAAGAUGUGUAGAAGUUGGUGGAAAAAAAAUAAUGAAGGAAGUUGGGGUUGAUACCGAUUCUGAGAGGGAGGAUUACCGAUUGUGUAUUAUUUGUUGUGGAAGUGGGCGAGAUUCGGUUUUUGUACCAUGUGGACAUAUGUGCACUUGUUUUCGGUGCGGACUCAUGGUGCAAGAUAGCGAUAAUUUGUGUCCUAUUUGUAGGAAAAGGAUAGGCAGUAUUGUUAGAGUUUAUAAGUCGUAAUAACGAAUAUUUUGUAUGUUAAUAGAGAGUUUUAUACGAA